AUGGCUAGUAAAACAUCCGCCGAAGGGCAUGUUGAGCACAACAUCUCUCCCCACAGGAGUCAUGAGGAAGAAAAACAUGCCGAAGUCGAAAUCAAGGUCAUAAAGGGAAAUGAAGCCUUCAAUGAGGCCAUGCUGAAGGACCCCCCUAGACCAUUUACAUGGGCAACUUCUCAACUUUACCUCGCAUGCUUCGUAGGUUUCUUUUGCGCAACGAUGAACGGCUAUGAUGGAUCCUUGAUCAACAACCUGCUCCAAAACCCUUGGUUUCUGGAAUACUACCAUGGGAAGAAUGCCGGAAUUUGGGCGGGCAUCGUCACAUCUAUGUACCAAAUUGGUGGUGUUGCUUCGUUGCCUUUUAUAGGACCAGCUUGCGAUACUUUCGGACGUAGGUUUGGAAUGUGGCUCGGAUGCCUUCUUAUCAUUAUAGGCACCAUCAUACAAGGAGUAGCGACGCGUGCUGAGGGCACCAAACAAUUUAUGGGUGGUCGAUUUCUACUGGGCUUCGGCGUCAAUAUUGCAUCUGCAGCAGGACCAAUGUACGUGGUCGAGGUCUCACAUCCUGCCUACCGUGGCGUGGUAACGGCGGUUUUCAAUUGCUUCUGGUUCACCGGAUCCAUUAUUGCUAGUGGUGUGGCUCGUGGUGGUCUUAAUAUUGGCGGCAAUACUUCUUGGAGAUUGAUCAUAUGGAUUCAGCUGAUGUUCUCUUCGAUCAUAUUUCUCGCCGCCUACUUUCUUCCAGAGUCGCCAAGAUGGCUGCAUGUCAAUGGAAAACAAGAAGCUGCCAAGAAGAUGUUGACCAAGUACCAUGGAAACGGAAAUUCAGAAAGCGAGUGGGUCAAACUUCAGGUUACUGAGUAUGAGGAAUUACUGGAGAUGGAUGGAGCCGACAAGAGAUGGUGGGAUUAUAGCGCCCUGUUCAAGACCAAGUCCAGAUGUUAUCGACUUUUCUGCAACAUUUGCAUUUCAAUCUUCGGACAGUGGGCCGGUAAUGCGGUUCUUUCGUACUUCCUCGGCAAAGUUCUGGAUACUGUUGGCAUACACAGCGCGUUCGCGCAGGCAAAUGUUACGUUGAUCAACAACUGCCAGCAGUUCUGUUUUGCCUUGCUGGGUGCCGCUCUUGUUGACCGUGUAGGUCGCCGACCACUCCUGCUGUUUUCUAACAUUGGUUGUUGUGUGGUUUGGCUCGCAGUCACGGUCUCAACCUCUAUCUAUACGGCUUCUAUACCUAGUCUGCCGCCUGGGGCUGACCCCGAAACAAAGCUUUACGGUACCAACAAAGCAGCCGGAACUGCUUCUUUGGCUUUCAUUUUCAUUUUUGGUGCUGUCUUCUCGGUCGGUUUCACCCCACUACAAGCUCUUUACCCAGUCGAAGUAUUAUCGUUUGAAAUGCGAGCAAAGGGAAUGGGGUUCUCCGGUUUCGCUGUUGCCGCAUCCGGCAUGCUCAACCAAUUUGCUUGGCCAGUAUCGCUACAAAAAAUUGGAUGGCAUACAUACAUUAUCUUUACGAUAUGGUGUGGAAUUCAAGCUGUCGUUGUUUUCUUCUUCAUUCCUGAGACCAAGAACCGAACACUCGAGGAACUAGAUGAGAUCUUCGAAGCUAAAAAUCCAGUCAAAGCAUCAAUAGCGAAGAAGCGCUUAGGUUUUGACGCCUAUGGAGAAGUGGUCAACAUUCGACCGAUCGAGUGA